AUGACAAUUCUUUCCAUCCAAGCCGUACCCACUUAUCGCGUUUUGCAGAAUAUCGCCGAGAAAAGGGAACCGAAGCCACCUCCCAAAGUCUUUCCUGUUCGAGAUCCCCCCUUCAAAGGCUUCCAUCCGCCUGAACCAGAUGGUUACGAGAGAAGCAGAGCUUUACCAAAUGCUAGCGCAAUAGUUAUAGACAAUGGCUCCAACCUCGUCAAAGCAGGAUGGUCCUUCGACAGCUUGCCUCGUGUCGUCUUCCCCCCCGUAUUUUCAAGAUUUCGAGACAGGAAAGCGAAUCGAACUGCCCAAUUCGUUGGCUAUGAUGCCUACGUAGACGCGACCACCAGAGGGCAACUACGGAACGCGUUUGACCCCGGGACAAGUGUUAUCGGUAACUGGGAUGCCGUGGAGGGCAUUUUGGAUUAUAUAUUCAUAAAGUUGGGUGUAGAUGGGUCUAGUGGUAGAGUUGACCGUCCCAUCGUCCUGACAGAGCCUGUCGCCAACCCGGGAUAUUCGCGGAGGAUGAUGAACGAGAUAGCCUUCGAGUGUUACUCUGUUCCAUCCGUUGCCUACGGAAUAGAUUCCCUUUUUGCAUACAAGUAUAAUCAGGGUACGGACGGUCUUGUCAUCUCUUCAUCACACUCCUCCACCCACGUCAUCCCAGUUCUCAAUUCCAAAGCCCUUCUCUCAAAUUGCACUCGUCUUAAUUGGGGUGGCUACCAAGCUUGCGACUAUUUGUUGAAGCUCCUUAAGCUUAAGUACCCGACGUUCCCGGCCCGAAUGACUGAAAUCCAGAUGGAGGAACUUGUGCACAAGCACUGCUAUAUAUCUCAGGACUACGAUGCUGAACUUUCUAAAUAUCUGGACUGGACGGGCUUAGAAGAAAGGGAUCAUGUUAUACAGUAUCCGUUCACUGAGCAUAUUGUACCGGAAAAGUCAGAAGAGGAACUUGCUCGCAUAGCAGAACGGAAGAAAGAAAGUGGACGGCGCCUACAAGAACAGGCUGCAAAGAUGAGGCUGGAAAAAUUAUUGAAGAAAGAGCAAGAGCUAGAAUAUUACAAAGACCUGCAAAAGAAUCUAGCUUCAGAAACUAAGAAAGAAAUUCGGCGAAUUCUAGACUACGAAGACAUGAAAGAUGAAGUUCAACUGGAUAAAACAAUAAAAGAUCUCGAAAAAUCAAUUAAGAAAUCGCGGAACAAGGAUCUGGGUCAAGAGGAAGCUGCUGAACAACCCAACGAAAUGAUAUUUGCAUUACUAGAUAUUCCGGAUGAGGAGCUAGACGAAGCCGGCUUGAAGGAAAAGAAACAUCAACGUCUAAUGAAGUCAAACGUCGAGGCGAGACAGCGGGCUAAAGAAGAGAAAGAGCGGGAAAGGGAACGAAUAGCCAACGAAGAACGGCUGGAUGCUGAAAGGCGAGAGAAUGACUUUGAAUCCUGGGUGGAGGAAAAGAGACAAGCGAGGAGUGCAAUUCUGCAAAGGAUCAAGGAGCGCAACCGUAUGAAAGCCGACCUUGGGAACCGAAAAUCGCUCGCUAGCCAAAUGCGCAUGAAAACUUUGGCGAAUCUCGCCGCUGACGGCCCUAAAAAGAGGCGACGAGGCGGAGACGACGAUACUUUUGGUGCAAAUGAUGAAGAUUGGGGUGUCUAUCGUACGGUUGCGACCGGUGAUGCCAGCGACGACGAAGACGAAGACGACCCAAACCAACAAUUGAAGACUCUUGAGGCGGAGUUGCUGCGAUACGACCCUGAAUUUACUGAAGAUCAUACUCUUGAAGCACAGUCGGAUUGGUCCAUGUCGCUUAUCCACAUGUUUCUCCGUGGGCCAUGGCCCUUCAAUGGAGAGAGCCAGCGAGAAUCCCACCAGUUACAUCUUAACGUUGAACGCAUACGGGUACCUGAAGUUUUCUUUCAGCCGUCUAUUGCAGGCCUCGACCAGUCUGGCAUUGUGGAAAUUGCGGCUGAUAUCGCUUUGCAGCGGUUUUCCUCGCUUGAGGACCAAAGGAAAUUGCUUCGUGAUGUAUUUAUCACUGGAGGCAGCUCGCUAUUCCAAGGUUUCAGUGAACGAUUCGAAAGAGAAUUCCGCUCAGUAUUACCGGCCGAGGUUGAGUUACGCGUUCGGAAGUCCAGUGACCCUGUUCUAGAUGCGUGGAAAGGUGCAGCACAGUGGGCUGCAGGGCCAGAUCUUGGGGCAUCAUCGAUAACCAGGGAGGACUAUCUGGAGAAAGGGUCUGACUAUGUUAGGGAACAUGGGCUUGGCAAUGCCUGUUAG